UUUGCCUCCUCAAUAAAACGAGGGAAUAAACAAAAAAAAAAAAAUUACAAUGAAAUGAAACGUAAACAAAAAUAUAACCUCCCUCGUAGGUAUUAAUUAAAGAUUUAUAAUCACCAAGCUGCGAUGAUUGAACCAAAUACAGAAACUUUUGUCACAUCCAUGACCACUCAAGCUUUUUGGAAAUCCGUUCACAUAUUGCUUACAAAACCACAUGUAAUUAAUAAAAGAAUUUGGGGUUGCAAUGAGGUGUUUAAGUGUAUCGGAAAGCCUUUGAGUAACAUAUGGUAUAUGCCAGUCUAUUGUAAGGACUUCAUAGAAUACAACAAGGAUGUUUAUAUAGCUGAAGUUAUUAAACAUUUCAAAAUAAGGACAUGUGAUGAUAACUCAUAUUCAGCUAAUGAUGUCCUGGAAAUUGUUCUACUUGAGUUACUUCCGAAAUCUUUUACUCUCAAACAUGUUUUCCAAUUAGUUUGCUUGAAUAAAAAUGAAAACAUGGCUAUAUUUUACAAUGUUACGCCAGAUAAAUGCAGUCAAACAAUAUGCCCUGAUUUUACUUAUUCACUACAGCUACUUGAUAAUAAUCUCAUUUUUAAAAGUAUAUGUGACAAUUCCACAAAAACUUACAAAUGGCUUGUAAGCAACUUUUUAUGUCGAUUUCUAAAAUGGGGAGAAGAGUCAUGUGAGGAAACAAGAAACAAUUUGUGCAAUGAAUCAUUAUCCUUAGUUUCCAAUGAGAAAUAUUAUCAGAAAUAUAAUGAACUCAAAAUUAAAUAUGGGAAAGAAAUGGUCAAAAUAUGGCCUGAAUGUACAGACCCAAACAAAUUUGUCUAUGAAGAUGUGGCAAUAGCCACCUACUUAUUGGUGUUAUGGGAUAAUGAAUUGGGAUCAAAAAUUAAUUUUGUGGAUUUAGGUUGUGGCAAUGGUCUUUUGGUCUAUAUUUUGACCAAAGAAGGCCACACAGGUGUGGGUAUAGAUGUGAGAAAAAGACAAAUUUGGGAAUUAUAUUCAAAUGAUGUGAUACUACAGGAAAGGACAAUAAUACCUUCAGAUGCAAACUUGUUUCCUGAGACUGACUGGAUUAUUGGUAAUCACUCAGAUGAGUUGACUCCCUGGAUACCAGUCAUAGCAGCAAGAAGCUCAUACAAAUGUAAUUUCUUUUUAUUACCCUGUUGUGCUUACAAUUUUGAUGGGUCUAAAUAUCAAAGAAGAAAUUCAUCUAAAAGUCAAUACACAGAAUAUCUGGAGUACAUCAAAGAGUUAUGUGAGACCUGUGGGUUCAUAACUAAUAUGGACAGGUUGAAAAUUCCUAGCACUAAGCGAAUUUGUUUGGUUGGCCACAGCAGAACACAUGGUGAAGCAAGCUAUACGGAGUACUGUAGGAAUAUCAAAAAUUUGCUACAAAAAGAAACAAACUCAUCAACAUAUAGUGAAGAUCAGUCUUGGGUAAAGGAUUUUAAACCAAGAGAAAGUGUAGAAAGAGUACGCAAUUGCACACAAGUAGAUAAAUCUAUAAUAGAAUCAAUUGUAGAUAGUGUCACUAAUUACUUACUUGAAGGGAUAGAUAUCAAAAGUGAUUGGAAUCCAGGGAAAACAGUUGAGAUAAAAGAGAUUGUGUCUCUACUUCCACAUGACAAAUUAAAUGCCUUGAAAUCAGAAUGUGGUGGAUUGCAGACACUUCUUAAGAACAACCAUCAUAUAUUCAAAAUACAAAGUGGAGCAAUACAGCUGAGGUACCCAAAGACUGUGAAGGAAGUAAACCAAAAUAAGACAAGUAAAAACAAAGCUAAAUUGAAGAUACAUCAGAAACAAUGUUGGUUUUACAAUAAUCAUCCACAAGGCUGUCCACUGGACAGCACUGAUUGUAGUUUUUUACAUACUAAAUAGAAAUAAAAAAGUAGGCACAUAAAUGUAUAUUAUAUAAUUAUACCAUACAUUAAUCCAUAAUUUUUUACCCCAAUUAUAUCAAACUAAUUCAUAACAAAUACCAUAAUGUACAAAAACAAUAACUUAAUUGUAAUAGUCUUAUCACAGUUACAAUAAAUUAUUCUAUGUCAAAAAA